CGAUUCGAACGGCGAGGAGCGGUAUGGCCAAGGCGAAAGAAGCGAGUGGCGCGGCUCUCCAUGCGCACCAAGGAGGCCGUCGUCCAUGGCCUCGGCCGCCACUACAGCGUACCUGGCCGCAAAGGGAGCGGGACGAAGGACGUGGCCGCUCGUGGGGCCACGUAGCAGCGGAGUACACCACGGAGAAAGCGUCGGUGGCCAAGGACGUGGCUUUGGAGAAGGGACAGCAAGGGUACGAAGUCGCGAAGGAUUACGCGCAACAGGCAGCGUCCAAAGCAAAAGAUGCCACCGUGGCCGCAGCGGCCAAAGCUAAAGAUGUUAGCGCUACUGCGGGCGGCACCGCAGCAGAGUAUGCAAAGCAAGGAGCAGUAAAAGCCAAGGAUGUUGCAGUUAGCACCGGUGAGGCUACAAUUGAUUACGCGAAGCAAGCAGCAACCAAAGCCAAGGAUGUCACCCUGGGUACAGGGGAAACUGCAGCAGACUACGCAAAGCAAGGGGCGAUGAAAGCGAAAGACUCAACCGUGGACGCAUCAAAAACUGCGGCGGAGUACGCGAAGCAAGGGGCAGUAAAAGCAAAGGAUAUGACUAUGGAUGUCUCGAAAACAGCAGCAGAUUACGCGAAGCAAGGGGCAGUAAAAACAAAGGAUACGACUUUUGACGCAUCAAAAACCGCGGAGGAUUUUGUGUGUGAGAAGAUAGCGAUGGCUGGAGAGGCUGCAAAGGAUGCUGCUCAGGGAGCGAAAGAGUAUACUGGGGAGAAAGUAGAAGAAUCAAAGGAGGCAGCAGGUGUAGCAGCUGAGAGAGGUGGAGAGUACACGGAGGAGAAGGCGAGGGAAGCAAAGGAAGCGGGCGAGAGAGCUAUGGGGUUUAUUGGUGAGAAGGCAGGAGAGGCGAAGGAUACUACUCUCAACAGAGGCCAGCAGGCUGUUGACUAUACUAAACAAAAGGGCGAGGAGGGGAAGGAGUCAAUGGAAAGUACCGAGCAACAAGCUAAAGAGUAUGCAGACGAGAAGGCCCAGGAGACAAAGGAGUCGACGAAAGGCACCGGUCAACAAGCUGAAGAGUACGCAAGCAAGAAGGGCGAGGAGGCAAAGGAGACUGCAAAGAGUACCGGCGAACAAGCCAAAGAGCAUGCAAGCCAGCGGGGCGAGGAAACAAAGGAAGGGCUGAAGAGUGCUGGAGAUAGAGCGCAGCAGACAGUUGAGGGAUCGGCCGAGAGGACAAAGGAUCACAGCGGGCAGUCUAAGGCGGAGCCCCUCGGAGGAGAAAAAACUGAAGAGUGUAAAGAAGAGCAGCAGAAGAUCAUGAAGCCUGGCAGAGAUCUGGGAGAAGGUGAAGUGGUCCUAACCGCGGAAGGGAAGAGCUCAGCUACCACCACAGUUGGCGAGCUUUGUGAGGCUGUGGGGGAGGCGGUGAUCGUAGCUGCGAAGACGGCGAAGGACGUAGUUGUGGGUGAGGAACCGGAGGAGAAGAAUGAAUAGACGUUGUGAUGGGAAUUUAGCAGUCACUUUUCUAUUUUGGGAUUUCAGUGUUAUGUAGAUGUGUUUUGUUUGUUGAAUAAUGUGAAAAGAAUGUCCAUGGAUAAUGUUGGAUCCAGUGUCUGUUUCAGUCGCUCCAUGAGCACCA